GUGUGCGGUUCUGCGAAUCCCAAGGGCGGCACAUCACGCGCGGUUCUGCGGAUCCCAAGGGCGGCACAUCACGCGCGGUUCUGCGGAUCUCAAGGGCGGCACAUCACGCGCGGUUCUGCGGAUCCCAAGGGCGGUACAUCACGCGCGGUUCUGCGGAUUUCAAGGGCGGCACAUCAUGUGCGGUUCUGCGGAUCCCAAGGGCGGCACAUCCUGCAGCUCCUUCCUGCAGGUGUGUGUGUGAGCAGUCCAACGUUCGUGCAGCUGAGCGAGUCCGAGCAGUCCCAUUUUGAUUGUGAGACAAUUCAGGACCAGGAUUACCGUCCUCUAGGGAAGGUAAAGGUUGAAGCAUUUGGUGGAGGUGUGGAGGCAGGGGUGAAGGUGGUAGAGGGCCAGCUCAUUGUGGGGUGUGGUAUGGAGGUGAUAAGGGGAAAAAAGGAAAUGUUUUUUUCCGUUGUACUCACGUCGCUGUGGCAAACGAAAGUUCCGCCAACAAGUACAACUACGAAGGCGUACGGUAUACGGUACGCCUUACGUGCCAGGUUGGCGAAAGACACAACAUCAAUGAAAAUCCAUCCGGACGUCGUGGAGCUGAAAACCAGAGUGCAGGCAAAAGAUGAGGAGGUUAAAGAGCUUAUGGCAGAGAUGAAAGAGUUGACACGGCAAUGGAAGGGCGUCUCUCAUCAGCCCCACAUCCCCACACGCAUCUGCAGCAUCGUCCCAUAUGCACAUGCCCUGCCCCAUAUGCACAUGCCCUGCCCCAUAUGCUCAUGCCCUGCCCCAUAUGCACAUGCCCUGCCCCAUAUGCACAUGCCCUGCCCCAUAUGCACAUGCCCUGCCCCAUAUGCACAUGCCCUGCCCCAUAUGCACAUGCCCUGCCCCAUAUGCACAUGCCCUGCCCCAUAUGCACAUGCCCUGCCCCAUAUGCACAUGCCCUGCCCCAUAUGCACAUGCCCUGCCCCAUAUGCACAUGCCCUGCCCCAUAUGCACAUGCCCUGCCCCAUAUGCACAUGCCCUGCCCCAUAUGCACAUGCCCUGCCCCAUAUGCACAUGCCCUGCCCCAUAUGCACAUGCCCUGCCCCAUAUGCACAUGCCCUGCCCCAUAUGCACAUGCCCUGCCCCAUAUGCACAUGCCCUGCCCCAUAUGCACAUGCCCUGCCCCAUAUGCACAUGCCCUGCCCCAUAUGCACAUGCCCUGCCCCAUAUGCACAUGCCCUGCCCCAUAUGCACAUGCCCUGCCCCAUAUGCACAUGCCCUGCCCCAUAUGCACAUGCCCUGCCCCAUAUGCACAUGCCCUGCCCCAUAUGCACAUGCCCUGCCCCAUAUGCACAUGCCCUGCCCCAUAUGCACAUGCCCUGCCCCAUAUGCACAUGCCCUGCCCCAUAUGCACAUGCCCUGCCCCAUAUGCACAUGCCCUGCCCCAUAUGCCCUGCCCAUAUGCACAUGCCCUGCCCCAUAUGCACAUGCCCUGCCCCAUAUGCAUAUGCCCUGCCCCAUAUGCACAUGCCCUGCCCCAUAUGCACAUGCCCUGCCCCAUAUGCAACCCCAUGUGUAUCUCCAUCCACCUCAACCCAUCUGCAAUUCCAAAUCGCCGCCCUCAAAUAG